GAGGCUCCUAUUGCUCCGUUGGUGUUUUCCAACUGAACUCCGGGAAGGAAGAAGCAGCGGCAGGUUGCAGAAACCUGAGCCCGGCUGCUGCGAUCGGAGGGCCGGCUGGGAGGCCGCAGGCUGAGCCCCGGCAGCUGAAUCAUGGGCCUCCUGGCGAAGCUGCGGAAGGAGUGGUUCAUCAUCGGGAUAGUGCUGGUCAUCCUGUCGGCCAAACUGCUGCCCGGUGUCGGUGUUAAAGGAGGUCCACUAAAGCCAGAGGUCACCAUCGCCUACAUCGCCGUUUCCCUCAUCUUCUUCAACAGCGGCCUGUCUCUGAAAACAGAGGAGCUGAGGAAAGCGCUGUUCCACGUUCGCCUCCACCUCUUCGUCCAGUCGUUCACACUGGUCUUCUUCCCCCUGGUCGUCUGGAUGCUGCUGCAGGUCCUGGCGCUGACCACCAUCGACCAGUGGCUUCUCAAAGGGUUACAGACGGUGAGCUGCAUGCCCCCUCCGGUUUCCUCCGCCGUCAUUCUGACCAAAGCAGUCGGCGGGAACGAGGCGGCGGCCAUCUUUAACUCUGCGUUUGGAAGCUUCCUGGGGAUUGUGGUGACUCCGUUGCUGCUGCUCCUCUUUCUCGGAUCUUCAUCCUCUGUCCCCUUCACCUCCAUCUUCUCUCAGCUCUUCAUGACGGUUGUUGUUCCGCUGAUCCUCGGCCAGGUGUGCCGCGGUUUCUUCAGGGAGUGUCUGGAGCGCCGGAAGCCUCCGUUCGGCGCCAUUAGCAGCGCUGUCCUCCUCAUGAUUAUCUACACAACGUUCUGCGACACGUUCAGCAACCCCAACAUCGAGCUGGACCCCACCAGCCUGCUGCUGGUCGUCAUCAUCAUCAUUUUCUCCAUCCAGGUCAGCUUCAUGCUGCUCACCUUCACCUUUUCCACCAGGUCUGGAUCAGGAUUCAGCCCCGCUGACACCGUCGCCAUCAUGUUCUGCUCCACACACAAGUCUCUCACUCUGGGAAUCCCGAUGCUGAAGAUCGUCUUCGAAGGCUACCAGCAUCUGUCUCUGAUCUCCGUCCCGCUGCUCAUCUACCACCCGGCCCAGAUCCUGCUCGGCUCCGUCCUGGUGCCGACCAUCCGGAGCUGGAUGACGAGCCGACAGAAGGGGAUCAAAUUAUCAAACCUGCAGCCGGUCUGAUGCGUCAGAGCGGCGGAAGGAUACAAAAAGUGCCUUGUUACGACCAACAACAACUAGGACCUCCAGGUGGCAGAGCGGGAUUCACUGUUUGCCAUCAAAGCCUGUUACUAUUUUCUACAAAAAACAAACAAAAAUCACAUUUCCAUUGUUUAUAUUGUUUUAUAUUUAAAUGAAAUGUGUUUUUAUUUUUUUAUAUCUUGAACUUUUGAGGGAAAAAUAGUGCUGGGGGAAAAGGAUCUAUUUUCAGGAAGUGGGUGAGGUUUCUGGGACCAGUUCUGUUAUUUGUUUUCUAUUCUGGUUCUUCCAGCUUUGACUGCCAGAAACUGUAAAUGGUUUUGUUUAAAUUAAUGCUGGAUUGUUACAUUGAAUAUAGAAUGAACAUUAACAGUUUGGCCUCUUGACCCUUUCUUAAUAUAGCAGAAGGAGUGUUGGUGUUACACAGACAGGGGGCGGUGUUGAGCUAAUCACUCAUAUUUCUAAUCGACAAAAAUAAACAAAUGAUCUCCUGUUAUUUAACUUUAA